AUGGCUGAGAAAAAUCAAAGCAAGCAAGUGACGGAGCUGACUCUUGUGGGACUGACGGACAACCCCCAACUACAAGCACCUUUGUUCAUCCUCUUCCUCCUCAUUUACUUCAUCACGCUGGUGGGGAACCUGGGCAUGGUUGUGCUCAUCAGGAGCAGCGCUCAGCUGCAGUCCCCCAUGUACUUUUUCCUUAGCAACUUAUCUCUCCUCGAUGCUUGCUACUCAUCAGUGGUGGCACUGAGGACGUUAAUGAACUUUCUGAUGGAGAAGCAAACAAUCUCUGUCAUCGGCUGCGCAACCCAGCUUUACUUCUUCAUAGCCUUUGGCAUCACCGAGUGCUUCCUCCUGGCUGCGAUGGCGUACGACCGCUACAUGGCCAUCUGCAAGCCCUUGCUGUACUUGUCCAUCAUGUCCCACCAGCUCUGCAUGCUGCUGGUGGCCAGUUCCUAUGUGCUUGGCCUGCUGCAUUCCUGGGUGCACACAGAAGCCGCCUUCACGCUGCCCUUCUGCAGCUCCAAUGUCAUCAACCACUUCUUCUGUGAUGUUCCUCCUCUCCUGGCUCUGUCCUGUGCCAGCACGUACAUCAAUGAGAUGAUCCUCUUCUCCUUGGCUGGUGUCAUUGAGCUCAGCACCAUCUCUGCCAUUCUGGUCUCCUACGUCUUCAUCUUCUUUGCCAUCCUGAGGGUCCGUAAUGCUGAGGGCAGGCAAAAAGCCUUUUCCACCUGUAUGUCCCACCUGAUUGUGGUGACCAUGUUGUAUGGAACAACCAUCUUCAUGUAUUUACGCUCUAGCUCUAGUUACUCCCUGAACACUGACAAAGUGGUCUCUGUUUUCUACACGGUGGUGAUCCCCAUGCUCAACCCCCUCAUCUACAGCUUGAGGAACAAAGAGAUGAAGGAUGCUCUGAGGAGAACAGCAGAAAGAAUCACAGUGAGGCUUUGA